AUGGAUCAGCCCACUGCCACCAGCGACUCGACUUUACUGCCACCACCACCAAUACCACAACGGAUGGCGAUGGCGACGGUGCGGUGCCGUGCGGUGUGCGCCCUGGCGGUUUUGGCGUUGCUGUGCGGCUGCUGCUCGACAGUGUGCGAGGAGGUGGCUCCAACUAUCCCUGAUGCCGUAGGGAAAGUAUGGUUGCAGGUGGAGGUGUCUUGUAGGCGAACGGAUGAGGAAUUACGUUGGCGCCUUUCUGGAGAGACGGUUUGGCAAACUUGUGCGACUGUCACGGAAGAGAAUGUGGAACUACUUAAAAAGGAUUGUGGAUGGCUGUGCGAUAGCGCUGCUGCUAUGUACAACGAUUCAAACUGCGCCGUUGCGUGUGCCACGGCUGCUGCCGGGAGUGAUGCAGUUGCAUUUGCGAUGCGAUUUGCGACGGAUGGGAAAAGUGAUCUUUACAAAAGAGCGGUGAACGCCAGCAGCCGUGGCACCUCCCUUUCUGGCAACCCAGGCAUUUGCACAUCAAAGGCCACGGACCAAACAACAGCCGAACCCACAGUCAAGGCACCUGAUCGUGUUGGUGCAGCACCAACGCAACAACUGCAGAAGGGCCAGCACGCCUCACAGGAUGCAGGGGGCACUGAGCGGCGCAAAGGCGCAUCCACCAUGGCCCAGGAGCCUGCACCUAAAGGGGCGAGUGCGGGGGUUGUUGGUGGAAGUCCUGCACAAGGCACCGGCGGCGAAUCCCCGGCUGCUGCGGGUGGGAGGCCCAACGGCGUCACACCCGAACCGAAUGUACCGAAAGAGUCGGGGUUUGAGUCGACGCAGAACAGCAAGAACGGUGCCCGGGGGCAAACUGACGCAGCGGAACGCAGUGAGGAAGGAGGAGGCGCUGAGCGCCAGACGGCGGAAGAUGGCAGCAGUGACUGGACGGACCCCGCGCAGCCAUUUGUUAGUACCGAGACCAUCGCCCAGCCCCAACCACCCACCAAGAGUCCAGAGCACACUGCCAGCGCCACACGGGGUGAGAGCCACGCUGCACGACCCAUUGGCGCCACACAGGCUUUGGUGCACAACACAACUGCCAAGAGCAACGUCACUGGGAACAUUGUGACCAAUUCUUCCGACGGCAGUGGGGCCAUCACCACGCCGUUUGUGCCCACAUCGCUUCUGCUGCUGCUGCUCGUGGCUGCCCUUGCUCGCGCUACUGGGUAA